AUGGAUCUGCAGGCUGUGGUAGUGGAGUUCAACGCGGCUGUGGAGAGCCAGCGGGAAAGUCUCGAUGACGCGGCAUGCGAGGUCAACCUGACCGAGGUCGAAAGGCUGCUGCAGCUUCCGAUGAAUCCGGAUGUUCGUGACGAGAAGUUUCGCAAUUGGGCCAUUACCCCACUGAUGCAAGCGUCUGCUCGUCGCCAAGCGGAUGUCGUGCAGUUGCUCCUGGAAGCGGGGGCUGACAAAGAGUUUUGCGACACUAUGGGCAUAACCCCACUCUUCGCUGCAGCAGACAAAGGCCACGCUCCAGUCGUGCGAUUGCUUUUGGAAGCCGGAGCUCGGAAAGAAGUGCAGGACAUCAACGGGCGUAUGGCUUUGAUUGCAGCGUCGAUGAACGGUCAUACUGCGGUCGUGCAGCUGCUUUUGGAAGCCGGUGCAGAGAAAGAUGCACGUGACUCAGAAGGCCACACAGCUUUGAUGGAAGCGUCAAGAAACGGUCAUGCUUCCGUCGGGCAGCUGCUGUUGGAUGCCGGUGCCGAGCGUCCAAACGGGCGCUCAGCGUGCAUACUCUCGUAG